CUACGUGCAAGUUUAUUUAUUACUCCGGUACAAGCAUUUCCCCGCCGGCCAAUUUUCCCUCAGCAAAACGACCGGAAGAGGGUCAAGAUGCGGCAUCUUCUCCGAACAGUAGCUCGAAAAGCUCUCUCUUCUUCUCAAUUCCCUCGAAGCAAAGUUCAUCCUUCUUCUUCUUCUUCCUCUUCACAGUGCUACUCGCGUCUCGCAUCGGAUCAGCUCCACUCUCACGCAUCGUCAUCGUUUGGCAUCGCAUUUGACAUCGACGGCGUCCUCCUCAGAGGCGGGGUUCCAAUCGGCGGUUCCCGUCAUGCUCUCAGACGCCUCUACGACGAUUCUGGUGCUAUGAAAGUUCCGUAUGUUUUCCUGACCAAUGGAGGUGGUGUUCCUGAACUUAAUAGAGCAAAGGAGCUGACCAGAUUGUUGGGGAACAAUGUCCUAGCCUCACAGGUUAUACAGGGCCAUACUCCUUUCAAACAAUUGGUGAAAAGAUUUGAGAAUGAAUUCAUUGUUGCUGUUGGAAAAGGUGAACCUGCUGAAGUAAUGUCUGAUUAUGGAUUCAAAAAUGUCCUCUCAAUUGAUGAAUAUGCAUCACUUUUUGAGAAUAUUGACCCAUUGGCACAAUACAAGAAGUGGGCAGACAAACAGUCCCAUGAUAAAGUCACUUCGAGACAUGAUCCAUGUUCAGAGAGGGUCCAGGCUGUCUUCGUUGUUAGCGAUUCAAUUGAUUGGAGCCGGGAUAUUCAGGUUCUUUGUGAUAUUUUAAGGACCGGAGGCCAACCGGGAAGAGAGAUUGCACACCAACCGCCUAUCUUUUUUGCUAGUGAUGACCUUGCUUAUCAGGCUUUAUUUCCCUCUGAACGUCUUGGAAUGGGUGCCUUCCGAGUCGCACUAGAAUCUGUAUUUAAUAGCAUUCACCCAAAGCCUCUGGAAUAUACAUCAUAUGGGAAACCAAACUCCUCUGUGUUUAAACACGCUGAAGCAACAUUGAUGCAACUUAAGUCACCACAUCAUCAGGAAACAAGCGGCGAAAUGCAUCCCUUCAAAACCUUGUACAUGGUUGGUGAUAACCCAUCUGUAGAUAUCAAAGGAGCUCGGCAGGCGGGAAAUCCUUGGUUCUCAAUUUUGACAAGGACAGGAGUUUUCAAGGGACAUGCCAAUGACACUGAUUUUCCAGCAGAUCAUGUUGUAGACACUGUGGAAGAGGCUGUAGAGUAUAUUUUGAGCAGGGAACGGCACUCGUUGUAAUGAGAAGAAUCAGCCAAGUUUCAUUUCUUUUGGUUCGAGGAACAAUUUUUUUUUGAGAUUAACAAGCAAAUGUUGGGUACGUUA